CAGGAACGCGCUUGUUGGAACUGACAGCCCGGCCUGCGCUGGUGGCUCUCCGCGCUGGAGGUUGCAGGUCUGCCGCGGGGGUGAGAGGUGGACUUGACCUAUGACAAAAGUGGGCACCAAGUUGAUGACUUCACCUUAUGUUUCCAGGAUAGACAGCAACUUCAGAAAGCUGGUCAGUUGGAGGCAUAGAAAUAUUUACCAUCCUCUCCCGGGAAGGCACGGUAUGAAUACUUUCUGGAGCAUGUCUACGAGUUCUGCGCGCAAGAGGCCUGAAACAGAAGAAAAAACACUGGCAGGCGAGCUGAAGAAUAGCCCUCCACGCACCGCUCCCAAAAAACAGCUGCCUACUAUUCCCAAAAAUGCCGUGCCGAUGACCAAACCUGCUUCUCCGGCCCUUUCCGCGCAGUCUACAAACGGAACUCAUGCCUCUUACGGGCCUUUCUACCUGGAGUACUCUCUGCUGGCAGAAUUCACUCUGGUUGUGAAACAGAAGCUGCCGGGGGUCUACGUGCAGCCUUCUUACCAAUCAGCAUUAAUGUGGUUUGGAGUAAUAUUCAUAAGGCAUGGCCUGUAUCAGGACGGCGUGUUCAAAUUCACAGUCUACAUCCCUGACAACUACCCAGAUGGUGACUGCCCGCGCCUGGUCUUUGAUCUGCCCAUCUUCCAUCCACUAGUUGACCCUGUAUCAGGAGAACUGGAUGUGAAAAGAGCCUUUGCCAAGUGGAGGCGGAACCAUAACCACAUAUGGCAAAUCCUGAUGUAUGCGCGCAGAGUUUUUUACAAGAUUGACACUGCCAGCCCUCUAAAUCCUGAAGCUGCUGUAUUAUACGAAAAGGACAUCCAGCUUUUCAAAAGCAAGGUGGUCGACAGUGUCAAGCUAUGCAGCAGUCACUUAUUUGAUCCACCGAAAAUAGAAGAUCCCUAUGCAAUUAGUUUUUCACCGUGGAAUCCAGGUAUACAUGACGAAGCUAGAGAGAAGAUGUUAAGCCAGAAGAAGUCAGAGGAUCAACAGUGCAAAAGUAUGCAAGUGUCUGGCCUCUCGUGGGUGAAGCCUGGCUCAGUCGAGCCUUUCAGCAAAGAGGAGAAAACUUUGCCUACUUAACUCCUGUGGAUGGGGGGAAAAAGCACUCAACACUUUCUGCAGAAUAAGGGAAUGUAAUGGAGAGCCAGAUGGCAAAGCGGUGGAUUUUUUUCCUUCUUGACUUUGGAUUAGUAUAGAGUAAAACGCCAGCGGCGCCUCAAGUAAACCUGCUGAAAUGGAUUGGCUUGGACUCCUUUUGAUGUUUUUACACACGUGUUGUUUUAACUGCAGCCUGCAAGUCGGAAGUAGCUCGAAACUUGGCCGGGCUUUUGCUAGCGAAGUCCAGCUUGGGUGGUUAAUACCUCAGGUUCUUGUACGCUGAGGUUCUUAAGUGGGUUACUUUUUAAGCUUUUUUUUUUUUUUAAAAAAAAAAUUUCCUUCCAGGACUAGGUGUUUUUUUUUUUUUAACUUAAUACACCGGGCAGGAGAUACUUUGUUCCAGAGGUAAUCUGUGUUUAUGUAAACUAAUAUAGCAGAGUAAAAUACUAUAUUUAAAAACUUUUAAAUGCAUUUGGUUUCUAUUGUAAAUACAUUAGGAUAUGGAAUUUGUAAAUAGUGGUUUUCAGAUUCCUUGCUGCCCCUAAAAGGGCAAGAAGGCUGAGAUUGGCAUGUAUGAUGAUGUGUAAGCUGAUUUUCAGUGUUGUCACUAUAGGCUGCCUUUUACCAUAGCUUUACCCCUAUCUUCAGAUCCACAAUACAAUUGCCUGCAAGCAUCGUAUUUCGGGGCGAGGAGGCGGAUGUUUCUCACUGCAAAGACGCACACUUGGCAAACGUUUCAGACAGUCAAGAGAAUACAUUUCCCCCCCUCCCUGGGCAAUGUUUGCACGCAUCUUAAAAUGCUGGUCUUGAGAUGUGCUAGAUCUAUAGUAAGAGGCAGCCUUAAAUCGCUCAUUAGUCAGGCAGGACAACAGAUUGUGCUGGGGCGUGUGGGUGGGUGGGUGGUUACCAGGUUUCGUAUGACUAGAACAAAGAUCAGAACUCUCUAAUAUAGUUCUAAUAGUUAAUAAUUAAUAAAAUCUUAGAGGAUCUGGGUAGCUUCCCAUAGUGAUAACAGUACAGGCUGAUGUGACUAAUGCGUCUCCAUAGUGGCAUCUUAAAAAAAUAAAAGACCAG